AAAUAAAUAAAGGAAGAAAGGGAACGCUUCUAGAAUUUACGAGUUAAAAAACACUUCUGAAAAAAAUUAUCUUGCGGAACAGGUGCGAAGAAGAUUGUGGAGGAAGCUCAAAAUGGCUCUGCUCUCUUCCCCUGUUUUCUCCUCCUCUACUCUUCUUCUGUCGAAGCGGCCAAGGUCACUAAUUCCGUACCCAUUUUCAUCUACGAACCACUUGAGAUUUACCUCACUCUCUUCGCCAUCUUCAACCGCUAGUCUUCGUAGCAAUCGGGUCAGAGCGUUUUUCUUCAAUCCCACCGAUGAACCCAUUCUGAAAGAAGCAUUUAAGGUGCUUUGCUCUCCAGAGCCAGUUGCCUUCAUGGGAGGGGUGUUUGCUGGACUGUUACGGCUCGAUUUGAAUGAUGAUCCACUCAAGGAAUGGGUUUCUAGAACUGUGGAAGCCUCUGGACUUACAGAAGAAGAAAUUGAAGCAGAAGGGUUGAAACCAGAGGAAGAAGAAGUCCCAACACAGAUAGAGAUUGAAUGACCUUAUCUACUAUAUUUCAACCUUGUAAAUUUGAUGUACCAAAUCUGUUCCCUUCACUAUAAAGGUUUAAUAUAUCUAUGUCACAGAUGAAAUCUGAAAGCUUUAUAGAAAAUAGAUUGGACAAGUAGUACCUGUAAUGAGUGAUGUUAAAUUUUAAAGAAAGGUACCUUAUGAAUCAUGGGUUGCAUCUUAAAA